AUGGAGGGUUCAGAAUUUUCGCCGAGUAUGAUCUUUGCUCGCGGCUGCUACGAGUCGACGUUUAUUGCAGAGGAGUACUUUCCUGAGUGGAUCAGCCUGGUCGAAAUGCACAUCAAGGAUCUCAAUGAGCGUUUGUACAAAUACGAUCAAGAGGUUAACGCUAUACCCCGAGUCCUCAUCGUCGUUAUGGCUGAGUUCUACCAGAGUGCUAGAGUUAAUCGCUCCGUGUCCAACUUCAAAAGCAAUUUGACCUGUCUUUGCUGCGUCAGGAAGGUGCCAGAGAAUGUUCUCCCUUGCGGGCUAUUGUUUGGUUAUUUUCGAGGCGCCCACGGCCACAAUGUCGGACAAGGGUUGUUUCAUAUGCAUUGUUGCCCUCUCCACCAGAGAGAAACGCUCUGGCCACAGCCAGCCCGCGUCAGAUUCAAGCCAGACGAUGCCGGUGUGAGGAUUCUUUGCUUAGAUGGUGGUGGUAUACGUGCCAUCGAUGAGAUUGUUAUUCUCCAAGAAAUUCAAAAGAGACUUGGUAAUCACGUACGAAUCCAAAACUUUUUCGAUUUGAUCGUGGGUUCCGGCACUGGCGGCAUCAUUGCCCUUGGUCUUGGGGUGAAGCGAUGGAACAUCGCUGAUUGCAAGGAUCACUUUAGAAGCCUUUGCAAGCAGGCAUUCUCCCCAAGACUCGUCAAACAGUUGUCGGUAGUCAGUAUGCGGAGUCAGUACAAAACAAAGCCUCUGGAGAAGGCGUUGAAGUCUGCUUUUGAUCAGCACUCGUAUCUUUAUGGCGGUCCCAAGCCUGAUCAUUCAACCUCUAUACGAGUUGCCGUCAUCGCAACUUUGGCCACUGAGAAUAGGCCCGCUGUUCUUGCCAACUACAAUACUGAGAAUGACCACGAAUCCAUGCCUUACAAGUUUGUUCGGCCACAGGACCCUUCAUGGGAGCUGAAGACAUGGGAAGCUGCACGAGCAACAGCUGCAGCACCUCCAUACUUUAAACCUUAUCUCCAGAGCAAAACCGGUAUGCAGUACACAGAUGGAUCCAUUCACCAUGUUUGCCCGGUUUUCAUCGCCGACAACGAGCGAAAGCGCCUAUGGGGAGAGACCAAUCAACCUCACCCAGACCUUGUUCUAUCCCUGGGAACUGGCCACACAACUUCUCGUUUAACUCACAAGGCUAAGCGCGCUCUAGGACAAAGACCUUCAGUACCCUCGCAGCAAACCGCAAUUCCCCAGCAGCGACCUUAUGCUAGCUUGAGCUCUAUAUGGAGGACCACGAACCCUGUAGUUGACGACCAGAAAUGCAGUGAAGACAUCUGGAACAACUAUGUUGAACAGGCCGCAACUCCGUAUCAACCAUACGUGUCCUCACAUGAGCGACGGCGUAUGCGCAUCAACGUCACUUGGGCAGACAAGCGCCCAAACUUUGACGACAUUGAGGAAAUCGAUGACAUUGAAGGAAAUGCGAGCAAUAUGAUGAGUGAUGAGGACACUAUCAGGAUGGCUGCACAUAAGCUCGUUGCAAGCUGUUUCUACUUCGAAAGAACGGGUGUUGACGCUCAGAAUAGAGAAACUGGUUUAUACAAGUGCUCUGGCAACAUUAUCUGUCGUUUCGAUGAAGGAGGGCGCGAUAUCAAGGGACUGGGUCGCAUUCUCAAAGAUCACAUCCGCGGAAGUACCUUCGUACCCAGCUUCAUCUUGGAAGAAGACUAUGGCACAUUGGUCAUGAAGCAGCACGAUAUUCCUAUUCCAGUUGAUACUAUUGAUAACAUGUGCUACACUGGUAUCUUUCGAAUGCCAACUCACCUAAUAGUCGACGGUCGCCAUGAAACAAGCUUUACACGUCUUUCGUUGUGUCUGCAACCUGGAGGUUACAAUAACUCACUCACAUCCAACACAUCCGAAAGGUCUACCAGCCCAUCCAUGUCUAUCAGUGGAUUCCCAAGAGAGCUUUUUGUCCAGGAUGAUCCACUGUCACCUCGUGCAGCUGUCGAAGACGAAGACGACAGUGAAGGACCAUGGGAGUUGCCUGGUACAGACGACACACCACCAGCCACCGACGUUCCCAAAUCAACGAGGCGGGGACUGUUUAGGAAGAAGUCGGUCCGUCACUCAAUUUCGAAAAUUUCUUUUGGAGCAAGACCCAGCAGCUCGGAAGAGAAGGCUGCUGGAUCUGGUGAGAGCCGGGAAGGAAGAUCGAUGGAGUCGUCUAGGUUAUCUUUCAUCUCGAAGAAGAGAUCAAACAGUGCGGAAGAUGCGUCCCUGAUUGAGGCAGCGGAUGAGAAGUCUGAGGGGUUUGGCUCGUGGGCCAUUGCCAAAGAAUCGCAAGCUAGUGUCCUGCACUCUAUUCCAGCCCGCUGGCAUUUAGAGGUUGGGAAGUAUACUUCGCUCAAGGAUGUCACCGAUGUACCACGCAUCUGCGGACUGUUGACCGAAGAGCAGCUCGAGAUUACAGAGCUGGGGGCCACUCAGCUUGUACAGCGUCUUGCGUCCCGCCAAUUAACUGCUGUACAAGUUCUGGAAGCCUUUGCCGGACGCGCAGCAAUCGCCCAUCAAUUGAUCAACUGUCUGACUGAUUUCUUCUACGAAGAAGGUCUAGAGCAGGCAAAAGCGCUUGAUGAUGCUCUUGACCGAGGUGAGCCUCUGAAAGGCCCUUUACACGGACUUCCUAUUGCUCUCAAGGAUAUCCACAACUUGAAAGGUCAUGCUACAACCAUGGCAUGGGUCUCUGGCAAAAACGACAUCGCCCCCCAAGACUCAAACGUCGUUGCGGCGUUACGCGACGCCGGCGCAAUAUUCUUCUGCAAGACUACCAUGCCGCAGUCUGCAAUGGCUGUAGAGACUGUGAGUAACCUUUGGGGACGCACUCUCAACCCAAGAAAUACAGACCUCAACGCUGGAGGGAGUUCAGGAGGCGAUGGCGUUCUCGUAGCCAUGAGAGGAACUCCCUUUACCCCAUCUACCGACCUGGGAGGGUCAAUCCGCGUUCCCGCUGCCUUUAAUGGCCUUUAUGCGCUCAAGCCAACGGCUGCGAGAGUUCCAAAGGGUGGUAUGCCGGACCUUGGACAGAAUUUGGUGGAGGUGUCGUUUGGACCGAUUUGCCAUUCUAUCGAGGACAUGGAGUUACUCGCCAAGGUCAUCAACGCGUAUCCGUUCAAUCGAUAUCAUGUGACUUGCACGCCAGUCCCGUGGAAAACGCCAGAGCCUGUGCAGGAACGCUUGAGAAUUGGCCUUAUGAAGUGGGAUGGAGCUGUAAUGCCUCAUCCACCUAUUCUUCGGGCUUUGGAGCAUACUAGACAGGUUCUCGAGAAAGCUGGCCAUGAAGUCGUGGACUUUGAACCUCCCUUUGAUUGCUGGCAAGCGAUGAAGACUACAUUCGACAUUUACUACCAGGGAGGACCUGACCCGAACCUUGCUGCUCUCGCUCUCUCGGGCGAGCCUCUGAUUCCAGCUUCUGCUGAUUUGCUCAAGACCUUUAAUGUUCGACAACUCCCAGCGUCGGAAAUACUCCAGUUGAGCGGAAAGGUGCGAAAUUACAAGGAAGCCUUCCUAGCCGCUUGGAAUAACACCGCCAAGAACGGCAAGGCUAUCGAUGCAUUGGUUUGUCCUGCAGCACCUGCUGUAGGAUAUCCCCACGACUUUAACGCUUAUUGGGGUUACACUGCUUUGUUCAAUCUUGUUGACUAUCCUUCUGCUAUUCUGCCUAUCAAGGGGUUCCAGAUCAGUGCUGAGCAGGAUAGUGUUAAUGCUGAUUACCAUCCGCUCGAGAGUAACCCUUAUGAUAAGCCAAACUAUGAAAUAUAUGAUCCGAGUUUAUUCGCUAGCCAAAAAACGACUAUACAGAUUGUUGGACGUCCUUUUGAAGACGAGAAGCUAUUGCAGGUUGCUGCGGUCUUUGACAAGAUUAUUCAUGUUUCUGAGUAA